AUGGAACUUCAAAGACUUUUGCUCCUCAUAAUUGUAACUUCAGUGGAAACCCUAAUUGUCCUGCAAAAAAGAGAACCCAUUUUCCACUUCCUCCAUCUCUCAUGCCUGAUCAUUUUCUUGACCCUCAAGUCUUGCUUCUUCUCAAACCCUACUCAAGUCUAUUUGGUGGACUUUUCAUGCUUAAAACCACCAAGCUCCUGCAUUGUUCCCUUCUCCAAAUUCCUCGGAAACGCCUCAAAGUUCGAAUCUUUCGACAAGGAAAGCCUCGCUUUCAUGGCGAAAGUGCUCGCUUCUUCAGGUCACGGCCAAGAAACCUACCUUCCUCCAGCCCUACACCACAUUCCGCCAUUGUCCCACCACCAAGAAUCCAUCGAAGAAGUCCACAUGGUGCUCUUUCCCAUCAUGGAUGAUCUUUUGGCCAAAACAAACCUUUCUCCGCAAGAAAUUGACAUUUUGAUAGUGAACUGCAGCGGCUUCUGUCCUUCUCCUUCUUUCGCCUCCAUUGUCAUCAACAAGUACUCGAUGCGAAGCGACGUAAAGAGCUACAGUCUCUCUGGCAUGGGGUGCAGCGCAAGCGCUUUAGCCAUUGAUUUGGCUAAAAAUCUUCUGAAAGUUCACAAGAAUUCUUAUGCCGUUGUUCUUAGCACGGAGAUUUUAUCAACGGGCUGGUAUGCAGGACACGAGCAGCCUAAGUUGAUCCUCAAUUGCGUCUUCCGAAUGGGGAGCGCGGCAAUCUUGCUUACGAACAAGAAACAAGAAAAAAUGAAUUCGAAAUACGAACUGUUCCUGACACUAAGAACCCAGAAAGCGUUUGAUGAUAGGGCUUAUCUUUCGACCAUACGCGAAGAAGACUCUAAUGGAAAACUUGGCGUCACCAUAAAGCGAGAUAUUCUAGAGGUGGCUGGAGAGUUACUUCGUUGGAAUGUGAUGGUUCUCGGCUCUUCAAUCUUGCCAUUCUUGGAAAAAUUUCGAUAUGGGGUUUCAGUAAUCCGGAAGCGGUACAUUGACAAGUCUACAGAGAUUUACGUGCCGAAUUUCAAGACUGUGAUCGAGCAUUUUUGUUUGCCGACUUCUGGGAGGCAGUUGGUGAGCGAGCUGGCCAAAGGGUUGAAGCUUGGGGAUAGGGAAAUGGAGGCUGCUCUGAUGACACUGCACAGAUUUGGGAACCAGUCAUCGUCUUCGCUGUGGUAUGAAUUGGCAUACUUGGAGGCCAAACAAAGAGUGAAGAAAGGUGAUAGGGUUUGGCAGCUUGGAAUGGGGACUGGGCCAAAAUGCACUAGUUUGGUUUGGAAAUGCAUAAGGCCCAUGGAUGAGGAUGAGUCCAAGAAGGGCCCUUGGGCCGACAGCAUCCAUCGGUAUCCGUUGGUUGCCGUGGAUCGAUGAGCUUGAAUGGAAUCCGUUGAUCAACAUGGUCAAAUUGGCUAAGAACCGGCUUAACUCACAUCUGCAAAUUUUCAUUUAUCUAUUUUCUCACAAAUUUGCCGGCAACGAACCAAACUAUCAAAAUUUGAAAGAUUUCUAUUGUGGAUUUUAAGUUGAAAAACUGUACCCGGCUCUUUUCUUAUUGUCCUUUAUGUGACAUUAAUUCUAGAUGCAUUGGA